AGAAUACGAGCUGGCGUUGACGCAACUAACGCCCAACAGCAUAAGGUUCAUUAUUGGCUUUAUGCUGUUGUGUGCGCGACUAGAGGUACCAGCCAAAGCGAUAGUGUUCAGAUCGCUAUUCCAGUGCCGGCUAUGUCCGAACUCACAAGGAGCGAGGUGGUACUACCUCUCUGGGAGGGACAAGAGCCAGCUCUUCAAAAAUGUGAGGAACAAGGUGGCGAGGUGGAAGAAGCAGUUUAUUUUUGUUCGCGACACGCGAGCAGAAAGGAUAAGCAACGACCUCGCUGCCCGGCUGUCUGAGUGGUGCACACCAAACGCCCACAUCAACUACCCCCAGCUACUGCCCCGGGAUGUCGAUAUGAAGAACCAGCUGCUUCAGUAUGCGCAGGGGGAGGGUCUGAUAGAUCUAGAAGCCCUGGUUACCUCGGAGCAGCUCGCCCUGUUCGGGUUUAUCGAUGUGACAAACCUGUUCAGCGAAGGAGAAAUGAGCAGCAUCCUAGAGCGCCAACGACAACGUGCCCAAGCCUCACGAGGUCGCGGGGGUAGCAGCGGGCAACCCAGGCAGACGCGAUUUGACGAGCGGCCACCCCUAGCGUCUCAGUCACGUGGCUCGUCACACAGGGGAUCCAGCUCGUCGACAAGGCCGCGAGCGGAUCACAGGGCUGAGGUUGCAGCUCCGGGCGCGCGCAGACGUGCACGCGAGGAGACGGAGAGCGAAGAGGAUGAGGUUCCUCUUACUAGGCGCAUAAGGAGCGGGGAGACUCAGCCCGCACAGGCGGCUCGCCCUGUGACCGUGCGUUCUCCAAACGCACCGUCAACGACCGUGCGGGCAGCAGCGGAGCCCGCCUCGGCGCCGUCUUCAUCCUCGGGCCCCAGGAUUGCUUAUCCUGAGGGUUUCAGCUACACACGGGCGGAGUGCCAGGUCGCCAUGGUGCAGGCCAUGCACAAUUUUGUGCCCCCGACAGAUAAUCGGCGGGCAAAAGCGUGUGUGCAGCAGCAUGGCGGCCAGGUCGCCAUGAUCAAGUUGAUGGAUGCGUUCAAUUACGCGGUGGCACUGUACGAGAGCGAGCAGGCGGCUCGUACAGAGAACACCGAGCUCGGUGCCAAGUGUAAAGAGCUGGCCAUUGAGAAGGCUAGCCUUGUGGACGAUGUGAAUCGUCUGCAAGGUUCUGAAAUGGCGAACCGAGCUGCUGCCGCAGAGAGCCUAGCAGACGAGCUCGCUAGCAGGAAUAACGAGCUCAGGGAGGAGCUGGAUCGAGCACUGGCUGAAAAGGAAAGCGGGAUUCAGGCGUCAAAGGAUGAGGCCGCCCAGGUUGAACAGCGGGCAAAGAAGGCUGAGGCCGACAGGGAUCAUGCUCAGCACGAGCUGAGCUCCCUUAGGCACCAGCUGGAUCGAGCACGGGCUGAAAAGGAAAGCGGGAUUCAGGCGGCAAAGGAUGAGGCCGCCCGGGUUGAACAGCGGGCAAAGAAGGCUGAGGCCGACAGGGAUCAUGCUCAGCACGAGCUGAGCUCCCUUAGGCACCAGGUCGCCGAGGCCGACCGAAACCUUGCUGCUGUCGGGGAGGCUCUGAACGAGCUGAAGGCUUCCCAUGGCCGUUCUGUCGCCAUCGCCUGGGCUCAAGGGGCGGAAUGGUUCGUCGGCUCGGCUGCGUUUCAGGACGCUGUGGUGGUGGCGUCGGCAAAUGUAACCACGGAGAUCUAUAAUGAGAUCCGUGGGAAAGUACUGCAGCACCGCCCAGAUUUUCCGAUCCGCGAGCUGGUGUUUUUUGACGAGGAGGAGCUGGACGAACAGGGUAAGAGCCUGGCUCCCCUUACUGACACUACUGUGAAGCUAAGGUGGGACUUGAACGAGGAGGGUGUGCCCGUCUGGCCGCCGUCCGUGCUGGAGGACGGUGAGGAUUCGGCAGGACUGCCCUCGUUUGAUGCAUGGGUGGAGGGUGCUCCUGUAGCUGAGCAGGAGCCUUCUAACACCCCGCCCAACUCUCAGCCCGCUGUGGUGCCAGCCAGCUCGCCCGUAAGCGUGCCAGCGUCCGAGCUCGCCACCCGAUCUCCUCCUGCUCGUUCUCCUGCAGCUGCGGCGGACGCAUCCAUGCCCGUAGAUCUGACGGAUGACUAGGCCUAGGAAUUUCUGUUUUAUUUUUUGUAUUUUUGUUUUGGCCUUUUUUGUAUUUGAUCGACAGAUUCAGAUCGCCUGUGCUUUUAAUGUAAUAUCGUUGAUGGAAUACAAAAAUGAAUUUCGU